AUGAACUUUAAUAAAAUAUUGCUUUUCUUUGCUUUGAUUUUGUGUGCUUUUGUGACUCAAAGUCAAGGUGGUUGGUUGAAAAAGAUUGGCAAGAAAAUUGAACAUGUGGGUCAACAUACUCGUGAUGCUACCACACAAACUAUUGGUGUUGCUCAGCAGGCAGCUAAUGUUGCUGCAACUUUAAAGGGUUGAUUGAAAUAUUUAAAAUUGUAAUAG